CUCCCGGGGUCCAGCAGUUUUUGAUGUGUUUUUGAAGGAGCUACACGGAUAAUAAACGAUCAUGGAGCAUGAGGAUGAACUGAAUGGCCUGCGACUUCAGUUCCAAGAGCUACAAAAACAGCAGGAGAAACGAAAACUCGAAAGAAAAAAGGAGAAAGAAAAGGUUGAGCUUAGUGCUAGUGUUAACCAGGAUGAUUUGGAUUUAUCUCAGCAAGGAGUCCAGGCAGACAGCCUUGAAAGUAGACUACUACAGAGUGAGAAUGAAAAGUUGCUGGACCAGCUGAGGGGGCUAAAGGAUGAAAAUGGUCGCCUCUUCAAGCUUGUCAGUGAGAAGGAUUUUGAAAUUAAACACCUGAAGAGGAAAAUAGAAGAAGAACGACUGGCUUUUGCUGGUACACCAGGCUUAGCAGGUGAUAAAGCAGCUGCAAAGAUUGUUGAGCUUUCUAGGAAGAAUAGAGAACUGACUGCUGAAAUAGAGCAUGAAAAGAUUAAAUCUAAACAAAACAGCAACAGAAUCAAAGAUCUGGAGAAAGAGCUGCAGGGUGCUUUGGUAACAUCAACACCUGGGCAAAAGACUGAUAAGAAGUCACAGAACAAGAGUUCAUCUGAUGGCACAGAGCAGGAAAAUCCAGUGGUCAAAUCUUUGCAGGAGAAACUAGCUGCUGCUCAGCUGAAAGUGAUCGAGUAUCGUAAUCAGGUUCAAGCUGUUAAACAGGAGUUGAAAGUUGCACAGAAGGUUUUGAUCAGUGAAGUUGGGGAGGAGGUCAAUUUCCAGCAACUGCUGAGCUGUCCAGGGAGCUUCAGAGGCCGGUCCCAGCAGAUCCUGGCUCUUCAGACAAGGGUGAAGGACCUUGAGCUGCAGCUGAACCAGGCAACCCAGCGAAAGCAGCCGAGUGUCCUGAGUAUAGAGGAAGAGUUUCAGGGCAUGGGGGUCCUACAGAAAACCCCACCUCAGGAAAGGAACCUCAGCUACAUCCGCGCCAUGGAAAAGGAGAAGAGAGAAGCUUUUGAGAGGAUUUCAGCAGACUAUGAGGCUCUCCUGAAGGACCAUGAGGAUCUGAAGAAGAAGCUGGAAGCAUCAAAAGCCAGGAGCAAAUCUCUGUCUGGUGAAAUGAAAACUUUAAAGGUCCAGAUCUCUACCCUGCUGGAGAAGGGAAAACAUGAUGAUGAGCUUGUGGAUGCCCUGUUGAAGCAGCAGUCCCAGAUGCAAGAGGUGCUGAAACGGCUCAGCCAACAGCAGAGAGUACAGACCAAAGACACCCAGCCAACCCCGAGACCACAGCAGAGCAGUGAGUCUUCAGAGCACAGCCCGCUCAAGAAGCUCCAGGAGAUGCUUUCCCUCAAAGAUGCCAGGAUCAAAGAACUAGAGGAGGAAAUGCAGCAGCUCCCUGUCAAGGAAGAGAGCGGUGACAGACAAACAAGCCUCAGGACAGAAGUGUGCAGUUAUGGAUUUCACCCUGAAGAGGGAGACAUUAUCAAAAGAAUGGGAGCUAUAGGGUAUGUGUGCUGA